GAAAUACUCUGCCAUUGAUUGUGUCAAUGAAUUCCUGCGUGAGCAGUCUGGUCUAUCGAGCGAGGAGUUGGAUCCCUAUCUCUUCAAUUACUCCGGGCAUGAUGCCAUCAAUCACCUCUUCGAGGUCAGUUCUGGCCUUGAUUCGCUGGUCCUGGGCGAGGCGCAAAUCUUGGCACAGGUGAAAGCCUGCCACGAGCAUUGCAUUGCCAAGGGCGGACCCGAAGAAGAGGAGAAGGUCCAGGGUGCUGGUGGAAAGAUCGUCGCGAAGAUGUUGAAUGCCGGCAUCAGGAUCGGGAAGCAGGUUCGCACGCGAACAAAGAUUGGGAAAGGCUCUGUCUCGGUAUCCAGUGCAGCAGUCGAGCUCAUGAUGAGCAGGUCAAUGCAAGACCUGCGAAAACCAGCCAGCAAGGUCCAUGUUGGAGUCAUUGGUGCUGGCAAAAUGUCGAGGCUUUUGCUGCUGGCCCUCUUCAGCAAACAUCCAGACAUCAAGGUGACCUUGGUCAACCGCUCGGUGGACAAGGCUGAGGCAGUUUUGGAAGAUGAGCUGGUGAAAGCUCGUGGCGGCAGCAAUGCCUCCGUUGCCAGCACGGAUGAUAUGUUUGAUGUCAUGAAGGAGUGCGAUGUGGUCUUCACUGCGACCGGAAGUGAGGUGCCAAUCAUUCACCCUGAGAAUGUGGAAGGACGUCAACGACCGCUGAUGUUGGUGGACAUCUCUGUGCCUCUGAACGUCGCCAAAGGCUGUGAAGAUGUAGAGAAUGUCUUUUCAUACUCAGUGGAUGAUCUGCAGAAGGUCGUCCAGGCCAACGCGCAAAAGAGGCAGGCUGAGGUUGAGAAAGCGAAGAAGAUCAUCAGUACUGAAGUGGGAAAGUUCAAGGUAUGGCAGGCCUCACAGGGGGCUGUGCCGUAUUUGGCGGCACUUCAGGUCAUGGCGGAGAACGUUCGAAAGAUGGAGACAGACAAUUUGUCCCACAAGCUCAAGGGCCUUGAUGAAAGGGAGCGUGCAGCUGUGGACAAGUUGACUCGACACAUUGUUGAUCAGAUCUUCCGACCCAUCUACUACUCCAUGAAGGAAGAUGAGGCAAUGGAGGCGAAGAAGGAUAAGAUUUGGGCGCUGAAGAGCAUGUUCAAACUGGAUCCUGUCUACAAACGCGGCAUCCUCACAGAGGCGCUCGUUGACAAUUCCGAUGCGGGUGAUGUUUUUUUAGAGCCUGCGACAUUCCUGCGCAUCGAGGGGGACUCACCAGCUCCGCUGCUGUGUCGGCAGGCAGUCACCCCAGAUGGUUUCCGCUGGGGUUACCGAGCAGGGAAUGGCACCUUCAUCUCGGUCGUCGGUGGUGAGAAAGGCCAGAUGGCGGAGAGAGGUCUGCAAUUCCCGACCCUACAUCCCGACUGCGAUGUUUGGUGGCGUGAAGUUUCGGAGGAUGUCAUCCCACCAACACCUGAGCUUUCGAUGCCCGUGUGGCAGGACGGCAAAGCUCUGACAGUCGAUGCUGGUCUUGUGGGGCUCUGCUUCGUGAGUGGUGUGAUGGGCUACAUUCUUCUUGAAGGACCCGAGAUGGGCAAAUGCCACUUUGUCACAGAAGAGGGUCAGCCAAAGGUCUUAGCUGGCGGCCUCUUCCACAUUCUUCAGGCACGGCCCAAAGAAGCGCCAUGUGCCGAGGGAGUCCUAACUGCUGAGCGGCUGCGAAGGGACUUGCAUGUGCGCAUUGACCGCUUCUUGGGGGAUCCUGAUCGAGCGCUACUGGAGAGGGUGGUGAGUGCUGGUAGCGACGGAGCCACAGGUGGAAUCUUCACUCGGCUGUUGGAGGGGCUGGAAGCACUGGAUGCAUGUCAGCUUCUGGAGGUACUGUCCGCCUCGCGCUUCGUUCCGCAUAAGCUCAACAUGCUGGGUUUGCAUUUGCUACGCAGCCUCCUGGCUGAACGAAUGGCAGAUGCUCGAGCUGUGGCCAAAGGACACACAUCGCACCCGGACUUUUCCGCUUGGCGUCGUGAUGGUCUCUUGAUCAAGGACUUGGACGAUCCGGCGCUUGGUGGAGAUGAGGGUGUGCGGCAGCUCUUGCGAAUGGUCUCUGGUGAGGACACGCUGGGAAUUCCGGAGUUGUUGAAUUGGCAGCCAAGGAAUGUCACCGUCCAGGAAACUCCAGACCCACAGCAGCAGUUUCACAUUGACACCUUUGCACCCAUUGUCAAGGUGUGGGUCUUUCACGAUCCACCUGGUGUCAACUUGUCGCAGGGACCCUUGCUCUUCUCUCGGCGAAGUCACCGCAACUCUGAGGCCAAAUUGCGCUGGAUGCAUGCAUACGCCCAGCCUCCAGCUUUGGAGGCACAAGGCGAGCCCUCCUUCCGACUGCGGGGAUGCGCAGCUGCGACUGAAGCAGCUUUGGAUUUUGUUGAAGCAGUAGAAGGCAAGCUUGAUAUGGAGGCUGCAGCUGCUGCAGCCCCCGUUCUGCCACUGCCAAACACCCGCACUCUGGUAGUGGCAGAUACCAGUGCGCUUCACGCCCGUGGUCCAGGUUUGCCUGGCCAAGUGCGUCAGUCCUGGCGUCUGAGUGGCGACAAUGAUGGUGGCUUGAAGCGCUUGAACCCAUACCGGUUGGAGGAGGAUCACGAAGAACUCUGA